AUGCCUGUCAGUGACAUCGAUUAUACGUGUUACAACCUCUACGUAGCUAUCUUUCAACAGAAAUCUGACUCACCUGUCCACUGGGCGCUACUGAUGGCCCACCCAGGCGCAACUAGAUGCACGUGGUUUCACACUGUUGGUUCCCCUGGCUAUUAUGAUCGUGCUGUUGAACCUGCUAAGCACUUUGAUAGCUGGAGUAUUGAAGAAAAGCACUUACUUGCCCAGAUCCCAGCAUCCGAGGAACAGACAGUUUUCGAACAGGCCGCGGCCAUUCCAGCCCAAAGCUGUCAAUGCUAUAUAUCGUACCUGAUUUUCAGACUUGAGCAGCGGGAAUUGAUCGAAGCUGAAACCUACGAGUAUUGGCGUGAUACCUAUGUCGAAUCUCGCCGCGAAGAUAGAGGACCUGGUUUCUUGGAUGAAUGCUAA